AAUAAAUUUGUUUUCUUGAAUUUUCUUUGCCCCAAAAUCCUAGAUCUCUGGUUAGUUCCAAUUGGCCCCAAUAUUUCCCAUCUCUCUCUUCUUUCUCUCUCCAACACUAACUUCCGGUCUGCCACCACCACCACCACCAGUCCACCACCACUUUGAGCUCAAAUCUUGGAGCAACUUUUUAUUGUAGAUAGAUAAAAAAGCCAUCUUUAUUUUUUAAAAAAAAAGUGAAAAGUUCUUAGCACACACAAAAAGUAUACAUGUGUAGAAAAGAGCCUCUGGCUUUUUGCUGAUUGUUUUCUUGUUAUUCCGUUUUAACUAAUUUCUGCUCCACCUUUCAUUUUUCAUUUUUUUUUUAUUUUUUUAUUAAAUGAAUAGCAAUCAUAAUAAUCAGCAGCAGCAGCAGCAGAAUAUGCAGGCGGCGGGGGCGGGAUUAACGCGGUAUAGGUCGGCGCCGAGUUCUUACUUCGCCAACCUCUUAAACACUCCGGCCGGCGCCGACGGUGGGUUCGGCGGCGCCGGCGAUUUCGAGGAGCUUUUCAACGAGGCGCGGGCUUCGAGUCCGGAGACGCAGAGGAUCUUCUCUAGGUUCAUGAGCAAUUCUGAUGAUUCCGUUCGAGAGAGCUCCUCCCCUUGUGUAAUGACCGAUUUGCCCUCACCGUCGCCGUUGAAUCCACAGUUUUACCCGCCGACGAAGGCGGAGCCGGAGUUUGAGCAGCGGUUGCAGAGGCAGCGGAGCAAUGAUUACUCCGAGCCUGUACACUCUUCUGCUAUGGACGGGGAGUACAACAGAGUGCUGGGCUCGUUCAGCUCCAGCCACGUGGCACACAUGAAAAUCGAACGCGCCGGCGCCGGCGGCGGUUCCGGUCUCAUUCGCCAUAGCAGCUCACCUCCCGGCCUGUUUGCCAACAUAAAUAUCGACAACGAAUUCGGAACAAUGCGAACCUUCGGAAGCGGCAAUACUAAUAAUAACAACGCAGAAGCUUCGAUUUCAUCUUCAAGCAGAUUCAAGAACCAAAUGGAUUCGAUCGACGAAAUUGAAAACAAGGGAAUCGGAGAAAAUAAUUCUUCCGAUUACAUCACGGGUUUCCCCAUGAACGCUUGGGACGAUGAUUUCCUCAACGAAUUAGCUGAUAACGACAACAAAAGAUUUUCCAAUAAUGCAAAUGAUCAGAGCAAUGAAGGUGGAAAUAAUCGACCGACAAAUCGAUUGUCGCAUCACCUAAGUAUGCCCACGAGUUCUGCCGAAUUAUCAGCGAUGGAGAAGCUUUUGCAAGAUUCGGUUCCUUGUAAAAUCAGAGCCAAAAGGGGCCACGCUACUCACCCUCGAAGCAUCGCCGAAAGGGUGAGACGGACCAAAAUUAGCGAGCGAAUGAGGAAGCUUCAAGAACUUGUGCCUAAUAUGGAAAAGCAAACAAAUACAUCUGAUAUGUUGGAUUUAGCAGUAGAUUACAUUAAGGAUCUUCAAAGACAAGUAAAGACACUUUCUGAUAAUCGCGCAAAGUGCUCGUGUUCGGCUAAACAUAAACCAUCGUAAUAGAUUGAUCAUACGCGCCUCAGGGGUUGUGUUAAGAUGAUUAUUUUCUUCGCCGAGAAAAUACAGUUUUACGAUAUGAUCGAUGGGGUGAAGGGCAAAUCGGUCAUUAGUCUCGUAGUGUAUAACGAAUUUAGAUUAUAUUAAAAAUAUUUUGUGUGGGCUUAGCUUGUUUUUCCUUUGGUUGAGAAUCAAUUGUCUAGAUUGAUAUGUCUUCUUGUGACAUACUUUAGGGUUGUGAAUGAUUAUGUCAAGUGUUACCAUUAUUUUGUGUUGAAAAGGAAAUAUGGCAUAAUAUAUAAAGGGCAAGAUUCAAGAGGACUUGUUA